AUGGAGGAACAGGGCCCUACCUCAGUAGAAGUACUUCAGGGAGCAGGGAAGGCCCCUCAUACUCUCCAAGCCGAGAAUAUUAGGGAAUUUCUGCAAAGGAGACCGGGAGAACAGAUUAAACAGGAGCCAGAGGAGGUUUCCUUUCAUCAGUGGGAAGACCAGUGGCAGGGUUUCCUGAAGAAACUGGAUUCCCCUCACACAGCCCGGGGGAUCCCAGUAUUGCUGGACAACAAGCCUUCACCCUGGGAUGAUCCAAAGGCUUUUCUGGCCUCCUUUGAACAGGUGGCUGAAGCCUGCCGCUGGCCCAGAGAAGAAUGGGCAACCCGACUCCUGCCGGCCCUCAGUGGAGAAGCGGAGCAGGCCUUUAUCAAACUGGAUGCCCGAGACAGAGAGGAUUAUGGGAAAGUGAAGGCGGCCAUCUUGCGAGGGGAUGCCAUCAACAGGGAGAAGCAACGUCAACACUUCAGGUGCUUCUGCUACCGAGAGGUUGAGGGGCCGAGAGCGGCUUAUGGCCAACUGCAGGAACUUUGCUGCCGGUGGCUAAAAUUUGAGCGACACUCCAAGGAACAGAUCUUAGAGCUGCUGAUCCUGGAACAGCUCCUGACCAUCCUGCCCCUGGAGAUCCAGAGUCGGGUUAGAGAAUGUGGACCAGAGACCUGUUCCCAGGCAGUGACCCUGGCCGAGGAUUUCCUGUUGAGACAGCAGGAGGCCCAAAGACAGGAGAAAGAGGUAGCAUUUGAGGAGGGGUGUGUGAGUUUUUCUGAAGCUUCAGACCUGGACCAGAGAAGUUUGGGCCCAGAAACCAAGGAGGAGAAGGAGGAGGAUGGAGACAACAGCCCAUCAGCAGCUGAAAGAUGGAUGGCCCUAGAUGAGGAGGGAAGAUACCUACCUGAGGACAUGGAUCUGGUUAGGCCUCAUGGCUCCUCAAUAUGGAAAGCAGAAGCGAAUGUUUCCCAGUGUUGUCGACGGGUCUACGUUUCUGCGAGUGAGGAAAGAGCUGAGUGUGGGCAGCCGGACUGUCCAUCGGAGGAUGGGGAUGAAUCCCUCCCUUGUGUGGGAGGCCUCAAGGCCUCCAGUGACACCGCAGUGCAAACGGGAAUUGAUAUUGGGGAGAAGCGCCACCCCUGCCCUGAUUACAGGAAAGGUUUAAUCCCAAAGGGCACCGGCACAAGAGAGAAAGCGCACAAAUGCCUGGUCCGUGGGAAAUGCUUUCCCUCGAGCUCCGAGGUCGGCAUCCAUCAGAGAAGCCACGCAGGGGAGAAGACAUACAGGCGUUUGCACUUCUGCAGCCCUCCGCACACGUGCCAAGCCGGCCUCAAUGUGACUAGCCCGGAGCCGUCCGUGUUGUUCACGAAAAUGACGCCUCGCGUCCGUGGCCAGCGCUGGGAAGGGAAGGAGGUGGUGGCCCUGUUGAACAGCGUCAAGGUCAGCCCUGCCCUCGCCCUGCUGAUGAGCAGCAGUUCACAGAGAGGUCAGCAGCACUGGGGGAAAAUUCGGGACCGGCUGUGCUCUCUGGGGUUCAACCGGACGAUCGACCAGCUGCGAUCGAAGUGGAAACAGUUGAAGACGGAUUUCUUUGCCGCCGGUAGGCCUGCUGCGGAGGGGAAAGAGAGGCCUGCCAACGUACCACGUUAUUUCAACCGGAUGCGGGCUCUGUGGGAUGCGGCGGGGCGCCCCCCGUUCAAAGAUCGUCACCUGCCAGCCUCCUAUCGGGCACAAAGGCGGGAGCUGGAACGGUAUCAGGAAGACGAGGAGGAGACAGAAGCACAAGGGCCCUCAUGCUGAUGGACACGGGGCAUCCAGACACGAGGCCAGCAUCGCAUUCUGUGUGUUCCUGCACACCAGCGGUGGAGAUAUGGAGCGAGGAAGGAGGGCACUGCCAGGAGCCCUGGAGGCCAACUUGGGAAAUUGCUUGCUCUUGUUUCGGGGCACAACGUCCUGGGGGUGCCGGCAGAAACGACCAUCUUUCACCUAGGUGUGGUGAGAGACCGCAGCCAUCUUUGCCCGAGACGGAAGUGGAUCCUGUCAGUGAGAAGGAAGAUCUUCCCGCCCCAGUCUUUUCUCUUCCGAAUGACGAGCACCGUGCACGAUUUCUCCUGCUUGAAAACCGUUUCUGACUUCUCCAGAGGCACCAGUGCAAGAAACAAAAAAUACCGCUUUUGCAUAUGUGUUUGCCUUUCAUGUAACUGAUGAAAUUUUCAUUCUGGCCAGCCAUCUACAGAGAAGACUUUCUAGAUAAGACACAGCAAAUCAGGGCUUGGUUUAAUGAUAAGUAAAGUGAAGUGAGGGAGGGACUCGUGUCAGAAUUGGACAGAGGGUGGCAUAGCCCCCCAAUUUGCGCCUCUCACCGAUCUUACCACUAUGUCUUUG